AUGUAUUCUUUUUAAAUUUAAUUAGUACUUUUACUUCUUUUUGUUGGUGUUUAAAGUAUCAAUUAUUGUGGAGAAUAUGAAACCCAUCAAACUUGCAUUAACAGUGAUAUUGAAUAAUGUAUGUGGCUCAGCAAUAGAAAACUUUGUUAAAAAACUAAUGAUUAUUUAUAAGGCUGCAGUUUAACUUUGAAUAAGAAAGCAUGCAUAAGACAAAUCGGUAAUGCCUAAGGUUAACCAGCUAAAUGUACUUUAUCUAAUCUAACAAAGGUCGUUUCAUCAACAUAUGUGAAGUUAUUCCAAAUAUCAAAACAGAGAGAUGUUUAAAUAAUUUAUCAAAAUCUGGUUGUUUAGCUAUUUAGAAUCCAGAAUAGAUUUGCUUUUGGAAAGAUAAUAAAUGUUAAGUAUUAUAUCAAAACCAAUGGAAUUAAGUUCAAAAAGAUUUUGAUACAGUCCCAUAUAGUGCAUCUGCUUGCUUUUUAAUUGAAAAUUAUUUAGUAAUUCAUAAUACUCUUUUAUGGGAUCUAAUUUCAUAUACUCCUAAUUUAUAUGCUGAAGCUGAUAGAAUAUUGAAACAGGAGAUGGGCUUAUUAGUAAAUGAUACUAUUAAUUUUGAUAAUCCAAAUACAGUGUCUAUGCAAAAUAAUUACUAAUUUGCAAAUGGAUCUUAUGCAUGGUACACAAUUAGAGAGUCUAAAGAAAUUAAAUUAAGCAAUUGUAACAAUUGAGAUCUAUAGUAUUUAGUGUAUAAAUCUUAUCGAUAUAGAGAUGGAUGUAUUGCAUUAGAAAUAGAGAAUGAUGCUGAUUUUUUAAUUCUUUUAAGGCUAACAGAAUAAGUAAGGGGUAUUAAUCAUAUUUAUUGUAAAUACUUAAAUAAAAAUCCUUCUAUAACAAAACAAUUUGUAUACUCAGAUGGUGUUUGUAAGGUUUUUGAUAAAGUUGAUUUGAAUAAUUAAAAAAAAAUUAUGGAAUUCAAUUUAAGUUGCAAAUCUAUAGAUUAUUAUUAAUGUAUUUAUUUUUAUUCAAAUUCAAAUAUUUGUAGAUUAAAAGGAAUUGAAUAUGAAUAUCCUUGUGUAACUGAAGAAAGUGAAUAUGUUGCUAAUUGUGAUGAUGCUGAUUGCACUGUUAGAUAAUGUUCAAAAUAAUCUGAUUAUUAUAUGGAUACUACUACCAAUAAAUGUAGUAAAAGUUGUUCUUCAUUUACAAUUAAAACUAAAGAAGCUUGUGAAGCAAUAAAAGGUUGUAAAUUUUUAGGAGCACAUAACAUAUUUUUUACUAAAAUUUGUGCACCUUCAAAUAGUUGUGAUUAAUUAGGUCUAUAAAAUUNCAAUAGAAAACUUUGUUAAAAAACUAAUGAUUAUUUAUAAGGCUGCAGUUUAACUUUGAAUAAGAAAGCAUGCAUAAGACAAAUCGGUAAUGCCUAAGGUUAACCAGCUAAAUGUACUUUAUCUAAUCUAACAAAGGUCGUUUCAUCAACAUAUGUGAAGUUAUUCCAAAUAUCAAAACAGAGAGAUGUUUAAAUAAUUUAUCAAAAUCUGGUUGUUUAGCUAUUUAGAAUCCAGAAUAGAUUUGCUUUUGGAAAGAUAAUAAAUGUUAAGUAUUAUAUCAAAACCAAUGGAAUUAAGUUCAAAAAGAUUUUGAUACAGUCCCAUAUAGUGCAUCUGCUUGCUUUUUAAUUGAAAAUUAUUUAGUAAUUCAUAAUACUCUUUUAUGGGAUCUAAUUUCAUAUACUCCUAAUUUAUAUGCUGAAGCUGAUAGAAUAUUGAAACAGGAGAUGGGCUUAUUAGUAAAUGAUACUAUUAAUUUUGAUAAUCCAAAUACAGUGUCUAUGCAAAAUAAUUACUAAUUUGCAAAUGGAUCUUAUGCAUGGUACACAAUUAGAGAGUCUAAAGAAAUUAAAUUAAGCAAUUGUAACAAUUGAGAUCUAUAGUAUUUAGUGUAUAAAUCUUAUCGAUAUAGAGAUGGAUGUAUUGCAUUAGAAAUAGAGAAUGAUGCUGAUUUUUUAAUUCUUUUAAGGCUAACAGAAUAAGUAAGGGGUAUUAAUCAUAUUUAUUGUAAAUACUUAAAUAAAAAUCCUUCUAUAACAAAACAAUUUGUAUACUCAGAUGGUGUUUGUAAGGUUUUUGAUAAAGUUGAUUUGAAUAAUUAAAAAAAAAUUAUGGAAUUCAAUUUAAGUUGCAAAUCUAUAGAUUAUUAUUAAUGUAUUUAUUUUUAUUCAAAUUCAAAUAUUUGUAGAUUAAAAGGAAUUGAAUAUGAAUAUCCUUGUGUAACUGAAGAAAGUGAAUAUGUUGCUAAUUGUGAUGAUGCUGAUUGCACUGUUAGAUAAUGUUCAAAAUAAUCUGAUUAUUAUAUGGAUACUACUACCAAUAAAUGUAGUAAAAGUUGUUCUUCAUUUACAAUUAAAACUAAAGAAGCUUGUGAAGCAAUAAAAGGUUGUAAAUUUUUAGGAGCACAUAACAUAUUUUUUACUAAAAUUUGUGCACCUUCAAAUAGUUGUGAUUAAUUAGGUCUAUAAAAUUUAUAUUGUUCAUAACUUGUAGAUUAAUGUGGAUGGGAUAAUUAACUAUAAAGAUGUUAUCAAAUAACAGAUGAAUAAUCUAAAUUAUUAAAAUGUGAAUAAGCAUUUAAUGCUGGAUCUUGUAUGAGGGUUGCAUUAAGUGAUUAGAUGUGUUUUUGGGAUUAUAUGAGAAGGAUAUGUUACAAUAUUGUAGAUUAACCAAUAUUAAUUACUCAUAAGGCUUUGAUGGAUUAUGAAUAUUAUUUUGCAGAGAGAUAUCUUAAAGUUAUUAGUAAUAGAAAUUUUUGUAAAUAUCAAUAAAAUGUAGUAGCAGAGUAUUUGCCAGAAUAAGGAAAAUGUAUAUUAGAUAGUAGAUUUUAUCUUAAUGAUUUAAAAUAAAUCAAUAGUUAUUCUUGUAUAAUGGUGUAACCUGGAUAUUGUAAAUGGGAUCCUUACUAAUAGAUUUGUAUAAGCUUAGCAGAAACUGAAGUGAGUUAAUUAAAUUGUUUAGAGUAAGAACUUGUUAAUGAGAGAAUAUGUCAAAAAUCAAAAGUCUCAAAUCCUGAUAUGAUUUGUAUUUAUGAUUCAGAUUAUAAUUUUUGUAAGGAAAUAAAAAUGAGUGAAUUUGAACUUUAUGGAUGUGAAGGAUAUGGUUUCUCAAAGGAAUAUUGUGUAAAUAAAUAGAAACUAGGAGAAUAAUGUUAAUUUUCAGCUGGAAAAUGUAAAUCCAUAUCGGAAUCUUAUAUCAAUUCAAUUUUAUGUCCUUCCCUUCAAAAUGUAAAUUAGUAUGUUUGUCAAUUAUAUUCAUCUUCUUCUAAAGUAUGUUUAUAUGAUGAAAUUACUCAUUCAUGUUACACUCCAAGCAUUUAUACUAGAUUAAGUUAUACUAAACAUUUAAAUUGUUAUGGUUGUCAAUAGGUUAAGGAUUCUUAUACUUAUUUUAGUUUAGAACUUAAAAAAUGUAUUUAGUUUAGUGAUAUAAAUGUUUCAAUUUUAUCAAGUUUGGAAUGUACAUAAAAUUUUGUAAAUGAAUAAACAUGUUUAUCAAUUAUAAAAGAUGAUUAAAAUUGUUAUUGGGAUACAUAAUCAAAUUAAUGUAAAAGAUAUACAGAAUAUUUUAUUAAUUGUGCUGAAUAUGCAAAUUAAAAUUAUCGUGUUUGCACAGCACUUGCAUCAGAUAUGUCAAAAUAGUUUAUGAAAGAUAAUUAUUGUACCUAUGAAAAUAACAUAUGUCAAAGCAAAUCUAAUUAUUUAUUGGAUUGUGGAGAAUCUGAAUAAAUGAAUAUACAUAGAUGUAGUGGAUUAACAGGAUUGAGUCCAACAGGAGAAUAUAUUUAGAUGUGUGCAUUCUUAAAUAAUAAAUGCAAAACUUUAAUUGAUAAUUCAAUGAAUACCUAUAUUGUAUUAACUACUAUAUAAUGUAAAUAAGCUAAUUUGAAAGCUUGUACAAAAGUUGAAACUAAUGGAUAGUAUUGCAAAUUAAUAGAUUUUAUCUCUGCCAAUAAUAUUAUAAUUGAUAAGAAAUGUGUAUAAAUUGAUACUACUACUGAAACUUGUUCUACUAUCAAUACUAAUAUAUCUAUAAAUUUAAUAAAUCCUAAUCAUUGUUCAAGGGCUAAUGAUAGUUGUUAUUAUGAUUCAGUUAAUGGUUGUUAAUCCCCAGUGGAAACUAAUUUAGAAUGCAAUACUUAAGGUUUAUCUUAUUUAGGAUGUAUAUUAAAUACAUAAAAUCAUAGAUGUGGCUUUGUAAAUAAUAAAUGUAAAUAUUUGGCAUAAUAUUCAAAUGUUUCUGAUUGUAAAUAUUUAAAUUAAUUUUCUUGCUCUUAUUAUGCAUUUAAUAAAUGUUAUUGGAAUGGAUAACUUUGUGUUUUAUCUACUAAUGAUACUACAGAAUAUGGAAGUGAUUACAAUUGUAGUCUUAAUACAAGUAGUACUUUUAUAGUCUCAAAUGGAAUUACAUGUUAAACAAUAUAAUAAUAAUCUAAUUAUGAAUUAUAUUCAUGUGAUAGUCAAUUAAAUCAAUUUGCUUGUGGAUCUAUACCAAAUCAAUAUUGUUAGUUUAUUCAAAAUAAGUGUUAAUUUUAUAGUCAUUAACUCUGUGAUGAUUCAUAAUAAACUUGUAGUGAUAAUAAUUCUUUAAAUAUGAAAUGUGUACUCAAAGAUGGUAAAUGUUUUAAUCUUCCAAAUAAUAAUUAUAGUUGUGAUUUCUUUGAUAAAACAAAUUAUGAAUUUUGUCUCUAAUAUCCUAAUUGUGUUUAUGUUGAUUAGAAAUGUUAGCAUACAAGUCAAAUAUCAGUUUAUUGGUAUUGUGAUACAUUGUCCUUAUUGAAAUGUGUUCUUUAAAAUAAAUCAUUUGCUUGCUCUUGGUCAUCAGGAUAUUGUUCUGAAUAUACAGGUACAUCUUGUCCUUCUCUUAAUGGAUUCUAUUCAUUUAAUGCAUGUUAAUAAUUCGAAAAUUGUACUUAUGGAUUUACUAAAAGAGGAUUAGGAUUUUGUUAUUCUGACAAAAAUUUUGAAUCUUUAACAUGUGAAUAAUUAAAUUAAGAUCUAUGUUUGGAAGAUUUAAGUCAUGUAAAUUCAUCUCUUUUUUGUUAUUGGGAUUAAUCAUGUAAAAAUAUAUACAAUAACUAAAUUACAUUAUGUACAGAUCUAUCUGAAUUUAAAUCCAGUUAUGCAGCAUGUAAAUAAUUAAAUUAAGAAUAAUGUAUGUAUUCAUUUAUAGAUUAAAAAUGUAAAUUAAUUUCAGAAUUCAAUUCUACAAUUUGUUAAGGAAUAACAGCUAAAUAAUGUUCUUAAAUCUAGAAUACUUGUUAUUUUGAUGGAUCUGUUUGUUCUGAAACAGGAGAAUAAAAUUAAUUAAAUAAAUAUGGUUGUAUAAAAUAAUCAGGAACUUGGAAAUUUACUUAUUUUAAAUGUAAUUAAAUAAUUAAUGAACUAUAAAAGAGUUGUCACAAUUUAUCUAAAGAUGCUUGUCUAAGUGAUCUAACUAAAGAAUUAAUUUGUUAAUGGAAAGAUGAUAAAUGUUAGAAUGUUUUAUAAAAAUAAAACAAAUAACUAAAUACUUGUGAUAACUUAAAUCAAAGAGCAUGUUAAAAUGUUCGUCUAUCAAAUAUCUUCUGUGUUUGGAAUGAAACAUUAAAAAGUUGUGAUUCUCUUACUGUCACAAAUACAGAUUGUGUAAACUAAAAUUUUGCAAUUACUACAUCUAUGAGUGUAUGUAGUGGAUAAACAAAUAAAUAUUGUGCUAAAUAUUAUGAUAAUACUAAAUGUACUGAAAUCAAUGUAAAAGUUAAUAAUUGUAAUCUUUAUGGAUUAAAUAAAUAAGCAUGCAUUUAAUUGACAAGUGUUCCUUGUCAAUGGGUUUAAAUUAAUGAUGGAGGCUAUUGUGAUGAUGCAAAUCUAUAUUCAGUACACUGCAUAGAUUAAUUAAAUCAAUAAGCUUGUCUUAAUGUUUAAACAUAUGGAUAAGUAUGUAAAUGGGAUCAAUUAAAUUAAGUAUGUUAAGAUCAAGAAAUAAGUACAUGUGAAUCUGCAUCUAAUCUUAAUUCUCUUUAUGCUUGUAAUGCUGUGGUAGAUGAACCUUGUAUAUAUGAUCCUAUGUCAAAAUUAUGCAAUAAAAUUGUCUUUAUACCUAAAUCUUGUUCAAUCAAUUUCAAUAAGCCAACUUGUGAAAUGGCAUCUGAUAAUUGUAUUUGGGAGUCAAAUCGAUGUAUUACUUCUCCUUAUAAGAAUUGCUAAUAAUACACAACAAAAUCUAAAUGCCUUGAAAGUAAUCAAAUUAAUUGUUAAUGGUUAAAUAAUUAAUGCACUGAUUUUAAUCAAUUAUAUAGUAAAAUAUUUUGUAAAGAUCUCCCUAAUAAUAUCAAUAUUGCAGCAUGCUCAAAUAAUGCAAAAGAUCCUUGUAAAUUUGAUAAAAAGUCAGCAUCUUGUUAACCAGAUUAAGAUUUUUCGACGUAUUUUUUGAAGACAAUUUCAAGUUUAAUAUUAAUGCAAACUCCUGAUUAUAAAUCUCCAUUAUUAAGUGGUAAGUGUGAAUAACUUCUUACAAAAGACUAUUGUAUGAAAUCACGUAUUAAAGAUAUGGCAUGUGUUUGGAAGAAUUCAUCUUGUUAAGAAGUUACAGAUUUGGAAAAUAUUAAAUGUACAGAUUAUCUUAAUCUUUAGGGAUGUUUAAAUGUAAAGAAGGAUGAUUAAUUAUGUUUUUGGAGAGAUUAAAAAUGUCUAAUAUGGAACCCAACUAUUACAUAAAUGGAAAAUGUUAAUAAAAAUGUAUGCAUCUAUUAUAGUAUUAAUUGUGUUUAUGAAAGUAAUUCUUGUAUAAAGAAAGAUAUUUAAACUAUAUUAUGUACAUCAGAAGGAAUUAGCAAAAUAACAUGUUUAUCAAUUCCAAAUUAAAAAUGUUAAUGGUUAAAUUCAUGUAUUGAAUUCACUCUAACAUAAUAAAGAUAAUGUUCAGAUUUCAAAGAUGUAUCAUCAUAUGUUUGUUAAAUGAUUCCUAAUUUAUCUUGUGUAUAUGAUAAUGAAAAUAAUAGUUGUAUGGAUUUUAAAAAUGAUGUUGUAGGAUUAGGAGUAUCAAAAUUAGCAUGUAUUUAAAAUAAAAGUAUUCCAAUAUAUUGGAAUGGAACUGUUUGUUAAGAAUUAACUGAUACUAUUGAAUGUGAUUCUUAAUUAAUUGUUAAUGAAUAUUCAUGUCGUAGUCAAGUUUAAAAUACUAAAUGUAUUUAUGAUGUUGAUAAUAAUUAAUGCACUAGUUUUUUUAAUAUUUGGUCAUUAAAAUGUAAUACCUUAGGUUUAAAUUUUUUGGGUUGUGUAUCAAUUUAACAAGAACCAUGUAUAUUUAAAAAUAAUUAAUGUUAAUUAUUUCGUGAAGUUUAAAGUAGUUGUAUGCUCUUAAGUUUAGUAAAUUCAAAAGCAUGUGCAUCUAUUAUAGAUUAAUAUUGUGCAUAUGAUCCAAUUUAUUACAAAUGUUAAACACCAUUAAUUACUUAAGAUUAUUGUAAUAUAGAAGGAAUAAAUAAAAAUGUUUGUAUUGAAAAUGAAAUUUGUAUGUGGAAUCAAGAUAAUUUAGAUUGUAAAUGCAAAUCUAUAUAAGAAAUUGAUUCUUGUUAAUAAUCUGAUAUAUCAAAAUGUAGAGCUUAAAAUAAAUGUUAUUUUGAUUUAGAAUAAUAUAGAUGUGUGAAGAAAUAAUGUUAUCAUUUUAAGGAAGAUGAAUGUGAUUAAAUUUUAGAUAAUAAAAUAUGUUAUAGAAGUCUUAAAAAAGGUUGUUAACCAGCUACUAAAUGUGAAGAUAUAAUUGAUCCAAAAAAUAAUUGUUAAUCAAUAUUUAUUAAUUCAUAACCUUGUGUAUAAGCAGGUGAUUUGUGUAUAACAUCUACAAAUUAUAAAUUAUAUUGUCCAUAUUCUAAUUGUUCUAAUUCAAAUUGUAUAUUCUAUUAUGGAACUUGUAAAAUGAGAACAUGUGAAGAUCAUAAUUCUAUUGAUUGUAAUGAAAAUGAAGGUUGUUAUUUAGAUUAAGAAAAUAAUUGUCAAGAAUUAUUAAGAUGUAGUUAAAUUAGUUAAGAUAUUUAUGGUGAUUAAGUAAUUAAUAUUUGUAAUAAAUCUUCUGUUGGAGGUUUUAAAUGUAAUUGGUAGAAAUAACAAUUAACGGAUGAUACUGAAAUAUGUACUAAUAAAGUUUGCUAGUAUUUAUUUAUAUAUUUAUAAUUAGAAUUUAUGGUGCUUCUUAAACUAUUUGUUUAGGAAAUGAAAUUAAUGGAUAUUCUUGUGUAUAUUUUGAUGAUUUAAUUUGUAGAUAAUGUGAAUAAAUAACAGAAUAAUGUAUAUGCAAUUAAUAAAAGAAUGUUUGCAUUUAUAAGAAUGGAAAAUGUAGAUCUAUUUUAUGUUCUUCAUUUUUAACUAAAGAAAAUUGUAAUCAAGCUACAGAUCGAUGUUAUUGGAGUAUUUAAAAAGAUUCAAAUAAUGUAUAAUAAGGUAUUUGUGUAAAAGAAUGUGGUAAAAUCUUAAAUGAAGAUGAUUGUAAUAGUAGAAUAAAUGAAUGUUAUUUUGAUAACUAAAAUGGAUUAUGUAUAAAAGGAAAGAAAGAAAUUCCUGAUUUGAGUUCUGAAAUUUAUAUAGAGGAAUUCUAUUCAAUAAUACUUACAAUAUUCAUAUGUGUGAAUAUGAUUAUUUAUGUAUGA